GUGUUCCAUUUGCUGCUGUUGACGGAACACAGGCGUGAGAGCGCAGAAGCUAGAGACCGCACAGACCACACAGACGAAAGGUUGAACAUCGGAUUCUUCUUAGUCAAACAGUCAGGAUAUGUCUGUAAGGAUGGAGAUGGAUAUCAAUGGAGUCUCAAGGGCACACGUCUCCAUUCUUCCUGCAGCUGAGAUCAAAGCUGCAUUGAAACCAGAAGCAGAAAGACCUCGCUGUGCCAGCACCCCAUGUUCACCUAUCAGAGGUACUGUUGCAGGAUACCAGAUCCUCCACAUGGACUCAAACUAUCUGGUGGGCUUCACCACUGGUGAGGAGCUGCUCAAACUGGCCCAUCAGUGGUCAGAAGGCACUCCAGAGAAGGGUUCUGUAUCAGAAGCUGUAUCAAGCUCCAUCCAGAGCACUGUCCCAAAGUCUGUGGACUUGGGCAUCCACCGUUCUUCACGAAUCUGCAAAGGCAAAAGUCGCUACUACCAACCCUACGACAUUCCUGCUGCCAAUGGGCGGAGACGGAGGCGUAUGCCCAGCUCGAGUGACACCUUUCUCAGGUCCCUGGCCCACGGGGAGCCUGGGAAGGGUCUUCAUACUCCACUACCCCGCUGUCUGCUUAAAGGGAAGAGGGCCCAGUCCAAGUCUCUGGACUACCUUAAUCUGGACAAAAUAAGCAUCAAAGAGUCAUCAGACACUGAGGUGUUACAGUACCAACUGCAGCACCUUACCCUCCGAGGGGAACGCAUGUUUUCCAGAAACAAGACAUGAAAGCACAGUGGGAGGCCCUUUUUAGGCAUCUUUCACCUGUUUGGGGAUUUAGGUGCUAUUUCCAGCUUGGUUUCUUUCUACUCAUAUUACAAACUGUUCUUUAAGAAGGCAGUCUGAUUAUCUUGUUAUAUUAUUAACUUGGGGUUUUACCUUGUACUGUACACAACAUGAAGAAAAUCCUUACAUCACUCCUCACAUUGUAAUGAGGUUGUUGAAAUUAAAAGAUGUGAAUAACUUAACUUAGCAAUAACUGGUAAACUUAUUUAUUGACAGUGUUGUGUGUUUUUACUGCUCAAAGACACACUAAUGUAUCAGUUUACAGCUGAUAAAAGCACAUAUCCCUUACUGUAUCAGCUUUAAAAUGCACCAUUGCUAUAUGUCCAAUAAUAAUUGAUCUGUGAGGAGUUGUUAGUGAAAGUUUUGUGAUUUUCUUUUUUUUUUUUUUUUCAUUAUGGCACUGCAUAUAACUGUCAAAUAAGCAUUUGAAAUACCUAAUAAUACUUAAAAAUAUUUUUUAUUAUUGCCAUGUCAAAAAUACAUGCUAAUGUUUCGGCUUAGUGGCCUUCAUCAGAGCAUGAAAAGAAAUGGAAGUCAUGUCUUUUGUAUACAUGAGUUGGCAGUUGAUUGGCUUAAAGGGUCACAUAGUAAUUAACUUCUUAAGGUCCCAUAUACAUCUUUUUUGACAAUAAGACAAUGACUAAUAAUAAUAAGAAUUUGUACCUCCUUAACUCCUCGCUCCCCGAUCCUCCAGCUUGUGAUGGAAAUUGUUCUCAGCGCACCAUUUCCCAGUUACUAAAAUGCAUAUCCGUGAGCGAGGAGGCUCCCUGAAGGAACCGACAGAUGUAUCAUUUGGAAGUAUUUUCACCUGUGGCAUGUAAACAAAGGGGCGCGAGAGAGACAGAGAGAGAGAGAGAGAGAGAAAAUACUCAAUGCAAAGAGCCUGAAUGAGGCUGAGGCAAUAAUAAUGUACAACUGACAUUAAUUAAACCCUUGUGUUGACUUCAGGUCACAUUGACCCAUUUUCAAUUUGAAAAUCAGAAAAUAUGGGAUGUAGAA